UUGGAUAUACUUUGUGUGAAUAAGGUCUAUAUCGUGUAGGCUAAGCUUGUCUGCAACUGAUAUAUACCCCUACUUAUAUAGCUUAAACUUACUCAUACCUAUCUUAAUCAAACGUAUAUAUGUAACAAGUCUCAGUAAGACAACACGAGCUAUUAGUAAAAAUGUUUAAUAAUCGACAAUCUCGUCGGAGAUUCCGGCUCGGCAACUUAGCUAGGCUUGUCCAAUUACGGCAAAGCGUAAGCAACCAACCACAGCAACCGCAACAACCACCAUUGCCACCAAAGGAUGAUCAAGAAAUUUUGUUACAAUCCCCGCCACAGUCACCAGCUUUUCAGCCACCUCCAUAUCAAUUGUCAUCACCAUCAACACUCCCACCGUCUGUUUCAAAAACUGGUGAAAAUCCCCAGUCUUCGCCACUGUCUGAACCUAAGUCAUCACAACAGUCAUCAGCAUUUCAGACACAACCGCAGUCACCUUCAGUUCUGCCCCCUCCAAAUCAAUUUUCAUCUCCCAUGUCAUCACCAUCAACACUUCCGCCCAUACCGCCUGACCCGAAAGCAUCACCACAGUCACUUUUACCACUAGAGUCAAAGGAAGAGUCUCGACCGCAGACAGUGACACCACCAACGUCAAAACCGCCUCCUUCGCCGCAAAAACCAAGUGAAAUGCAGCUGCCACCUCUAACAUCGGUGCCUCCUCCACCUCCUAAACCAAAAUCAUCACCAAGGUCACCAGCAUUUCAACCACAACCAAAGUCACCUUCAUCUCUGCCACCUCCAAAUCAAUUUUCAUCGCUGAUGCCUUCACCAUCAACACUUCCAUCUGGUGCAAAUGGCCGAUCUCCGUCAGGUGUACUACCGGAACCGAAAACAUCACCACUGUCAAUUUUACCAACACAAUCAGAGGAAGUGCUUCAACCGCAGACAACGUUACCACCAACGUCAAAACCACCUCCAUCGCCCCAAAAACUGAGUGAUUCUCUGCCGCCACCGGCACAUCCUGCAUCACUAACACCAGAAGCAAAAAAACUACAGUCGCAUCCAUCAACGCUAAAAGCUACUUUAGAGUAUCAAUCCCCACCAUCUUCAACGCCGUCUAAAUCAAUUGAUGAAACUCGGUUCCAAUCACCGCCCCUGUCGCAAGCAUCACCACCAUCAUUAUUAGAAUCCCAUGAAUCUAAGCUGUCUAAAUCUACUGAGGAUACUAAGUUCCGAUCACUGCCUCCUUCGCUUGCGUCUCCACCAUCUUCCUUGUUAAAAUCCGCUGAAUUUCAGCCGCCAUUACCACCACCCGAAACCAAAACUCCGCUAUCUCCACCCUCAACGCUCAAAGCUCAUAAAGAAUUUCAACCGCAGCCGUCUCCACCGCCUCCACUGUCUAAAUCUAUUGAUGAAACUCGUUUCAGGUCAUUGCUUCCUUCGCAAGCAUCACAACCAUUAUCAUCACCGUCUGAAUAUGGUGAAAAUCAACCACCUUUGGCACCACCAGAAGCUAAAAUCCCACCGUUAGUUAAAAAAUCCGGAGAAUCUCAGCCACCUUUAGCACCACCAGAUACCAAAGCUCCAAAGUCAACUUUAAAGGCCGCAGAAGAAUCCCUGUCCCAACAGCCUACACCGCUUCUUCCGUUAGAGUCUAACGAAGCUCUGUCCCAAUCAACGCCUCCAGGGAAAGCAUUGCCACCGUCAUUAUCAGAAUCUGGUGCACUUCAACAACCUUUGCCACCACCAGAAUCUAAAACUCCACUACCACCGCCACCGUCGUUGUCAGAAUCCAGUGAAUCUCAACUGCCUUUACCACCACCAGAAACGAAACCUCCACCAUCAACGCUAACCGCUGCUAAAGAAUCCCAGUCUCAACCGCCUCCACCAUUUCUUCCGUCUAAAACCAUUGAUGAAACUCAGUUGCAAGAACCGCCUCAACCGAAUGUGCCACCACCGGAAGCUAAAGUUACACAGUCAACGCUAAACAAAACCGAAGAAUCCACGCUUCCACAGCUUCUGCCGCCUAAAGGCAGUGAUGAAACUCCGUCUAAAUCAUCGCCUCUGUGGAACGCAUUGCCACCGUCAUUAUCAGAAACUAGCGAACCACAACAGACCUUGGCACCACCAAAAGCUAAAACUCCACAGCCGCCACCGUCAUUUUCAGAAUCGGAUGAAUCUCAAUCUCAACAACAUUUGCCACCGCCAGAAACAAAAACUCCACCAUCAACGUUAAAUGCUGCUGAAAAAUCCCAGUCCCAACCGCCUCCACAGCUUCCUCCCUCUAACUUCAUUGAUAAGACUCCGUUCAAAUCAUCGCCUCAACCACACUUGCCACCACCAGAAGUAAAAAUUACACCGCCGUCUCCGUCAAAGCUAAAAACUACUGAACAACAACACACGCCUCCACUGCUUCCUCCGUCUAAAUCCAUUGAUGAAACUCGGUUCCAAUCAUUGCCUCCUUCGCAAUCUUCUACACUGCCACUGCCACCGUCAUUGUCAGAGUCUCGUAAAUCUCAAUCCCCUAUACUGCCACGAGAAGCCAAAACUUCACCAUCAAAGCUAAACACUACUGAAGAAUCUAUCAUUCCUCCAACGCUGCCGUCUAUUGAAAACCCUAAAUCAACACCGCCACUACCUGAAUCUGCCCAACAUUCAAUAUCUCAAACAUCUCCAACGGCUCUGACGUCACCAUCACAGCCUCCGCCGUCACCCCAAACUAAGCCUAACCCAAUCGAAUCUCAUCCUCCGCAACCAACAAACACCGAAUCUCAAUCUUCAAAAGAUCACAAAAAGGAUCAAAGCCAAAAUCAUGAUAAACCAGAAGCCAAACUCAUGAAGAUUCCGGCAGAGAUCACUGGAGAAGUGAAGAAAAACAGGGGAGAGGGGAAAACAAACUCAGUGCCGACGACGAUGAUGAUGAUGUUCAUCAACAGUAAUGUACAGGGGAUCAACACAUCACUCUCGCUCGAUUCAUCUUCCAUCGAUCAUGAACCAGGCGUCCACUUGACCAUCGAUCAUCAUCAUUCUUCUCCAACGCUCUUUUAAUCAAUUUGUUGGGAUGUAUUAUCGGAUUGCGAACAAAAUAAUAAAGCUACAAUAUUAAUGGGCCUCGUGUUUACCUUUGACCCGCCCUCUUAAAGCUUGACUCUGGCUUUUAUUUUCAACUAGAUCAUAGAUUAUAUGAUUCGCGCGCAUUUUAUUUUACGUAUGUAUUUUAUAUAAUUUAGUUUUAAAUUUGUC